GAAUGUCCCUGCCUCGCAGUCCACUAUGAUGAUGAGAGGCUCUUGCAGUUCAUCACUGGUACCCCUCACUGCAAGACUGUGAGUCCAGCCUCUUUGUGCCAGGAUUGAUGUCUCUGGUGGCUUUUAGGUGAGCCGGACGCAACAGGACAGCAGGAUACUAGUUUUGGCCUAUGGGAAUACUUAACUUCUCACCAUUGGAGAGAAACAACACAAUAAUCAGAUUUUGAGUAAAGGGAUUUUCUACACCAACACCAUCAACGUUUCUCUGUUCUUCUCCACGGACAUAGCCUUUACCCCAGAUUUUUUUAGACAACCAUGUCCAGGAGAAAGGUGAGAGGCCUGACCCGUAUGGGCCGUCAGGUCAGCGAGGACCCAGACCUGGACAACCUGCUGUCCACUCUCUCCCCUGAGGAGAUGGAGGAGCUUCAGAAGGACAUGAUGAAAGAGCCAGACCUAAACCCAGAGGAUGGGAAGACCAUUGUCCAAGGGGAGAGCCAACCAAUGCAGCCACCAACAAGCAACAAUACUGGGGACACUAAACUGGACAGCAGACGGCGGAGUGAGCCUAAAGGGAGGCUCAGUCAGAAGGAACAGUCAUUUGAGGGUGAGCUGAAGAAGGAGAGCCGGAAGCAGGAAUAUCUGAGAAAAAUGGGCUUAAGCCAGGAGGGGAACGACGACAUGAAAGUAGAGUUACGAAGACAAGCUAGUGUCUCAAGCGAAAGAGAUAUUAAAGUGGACAACAGGAACAGCAAAGGUCCUGAAAGUCUGAAAGAGGAGCGAAGUUGGCUUUCGAGCAGAUACAGGAAGCAGGAGAGCAAAGAGAGUGAUGUGAAAGAUGAGAUGAAAGAAAAACAUGAAGACAAUAAGAUAAGAGACAGAAGAGAAAACAGAGAGAGCACAGGCAGCAAAACGAAGGAUAUGAUCUCAAAAUUACAGGAGAGAAGGGAUGACAGCCGAGAGAAGGAGAGGAAAGAAGACUGCAAGAGAAAAGAUGACAGUAAAACCAAAGACAUUAUCUCAAAGCUGCAAGAAAAACGUGAAAAGGAUGUGGGCAAGGAAAAGGAGAGAAAAAGCGAGACUUUCAGGACACAAGGACUUGUCUCCAAAAUGUUGGAGAAGCAGAGCAAGGCACAAGAGAGCCAGACUCCAGAGAGUAAACCUGACGAGAAGAAGCCUAAAGCAGAGGAGAAACAAGCCGAAGAUAAAAAGAAGCCUGAUGUCAAACUUGAGCGACAAGCAUCAGAGAGGGCCGAGUUGCAGCAGAAACAUGACAAGGCAGAAAAAAGAACACAGAGAGAAGAGCUGGUUAACCACAGUGACCAUGUGAAAGAGAAGGAGAAGAAUAUUAGCACAGAGAAAAAAGUAGGGCAGAAAAAGGAGAAAGAGGAUAUUAAAGGUAAAGUUAAGAAAGCACAGGAAACUGAGACACUUGGCAAUUGCGUGGCCAAAACCACCCCAAACAGCAAGGAGAAAGAGGAAGACGAGGAGGACGAAGACUCCAGCAUGUUUGAUGAGUUGCUGGAGCAGGUUCGAAGCAACGAUCCCUCCCUCACUGAGCUCAAUGUCAACAACUCAGAGGUCAUAAAGACAAGAACACUCAUCGAAUUUGCAGAGGCUUUGCACAACAACACCCACAUUAAGAAGUUUGCUUUGGCUAACUGCCGUGCGGACGACCAUGUGGCUUAUGCCAUUGCAGGCACACUACGCAACAACAAGACUAUCACAAGCAUCAACCUGGACUCCAACCACCUCACUGGGAAGGGCAUCCUGUCUCUGAUCCAGGCACUGCAAUACAACUCCACACUGACUGAGCUUCGCUUUCAAAACCAGCGUCACAUCUGUGGUGGGAAGACUGAGAUGGAGAUGACCAAGAUCCUCAAAGAAAACACCACCCUGCUCAAACUGGGCUACCACUUUGAAUUAGCUGGACCCAGAAUGACCACGACAAACAUACUGAGUCGCAACAUGGACCGACAGAGGCAGAAGCGCCUGCAGGAGCAGAAGCAGGCCCAGGCCAAUGGGGAGAAGAAGGGGACAUUGGAGGUACCCAAAACAGGUGGUGGAGGAUCUCUUAGAAGCUCACCCAAAGCUUCCCCCAAACCUUCUCCCAUACCUUCACCAAUGCCAUCACCAAAGCUGACUCCUAAAAGAGGAGCUGGAAGUCCUGCUCCACCGCCACCUCCACCUCCACCUGGGGGUGGACCACCACCUCCACCACCUCCACCGCUGGAUAUAGACUCCCUGAGGAACUCUCUGACUCCAGUGUCACAGAGGAAGCUAAAUGGAAAAAGCCCAGGCGGUAGUAAGAACUCAAGGGACCAACUGCUGGCCUCAAUCAGAGGAAGCAAUAUUAAACAGCUCAAGAAGGUGCCAGUGCCAAAGUGGUUGCAGUAAUAUAGGUUGCUGGAAUAUAAAGUGAAAAAUAAGAGAGAGGGCGAGCAGACAUCUCACCAUAGGUUGUCAAGGAGAUAAACUCUACAUUCCCCCGGGAUGCAGUCAAGUAGGAUGAACAGAGGAGGGGAAACAUGAGAUGCCCAUUGGUUAGAUGACUAGCCCUCACUAUGAGUUCUCCCCCUCAAACACUGGACCAAAAGGACUCUGUGGAGAAUGAGUGAUGUAGGGCUCUCUAUUAGCUGUCUGCAGAGAGUGCCAUGAAUUUUGUGGUUGUUUGUAUUCCGUUCAUAUUGAUGCUUUGCUGGUUAUUUGCACUAGAUAAUAUGAAGCCGAUCAUAUAACAUGUUGGCUUGUAUAUGUAUCUGAAUGUGAGCGUGGUGGAGUCUGCGAUGAGCUUAAUAAGAGAUUCAAAUAACUAUAAAAUUCUAAUAUACAAAAGUUUAUCAGUGAUAUAGUGGACAUUAAUUUGACCAUUUAUUUAUUUGUGGAGUUUGUUGGAAUCCACCUUAUACUUGUAAGUUGUAAAUCUGAUCAAACUGGGAAUUCUGAAAUGGCAGAAAUAUCAGGGAAUUAACAAACAUGGCGACCUGACUUAAGAAAAUCUGGGUAAGAUAAAAAAAAAGGUCACAGUAGUCUUUGAUUGCGUGUCUCAUUGCCAAAUCUCAAGACAUCUCAGGCAGGGUUUAAUGGAUUGGAAAGCAGCUCAAAGGAAUCCUGGUGCAUGACGAAAAAGGUUUUGCAAGGAAAUAGUUACAAAAAGCAUUUUUAUCAGGAAAUGCAAAUGGCUGCCCUUCAAUAUCUGAUGUCAUAUUUUGUACAGAAUCAUUGUAGCCUGGGUGUUUGCAUACCGUGCAUAAUUUGUCAUGUAAUCAACAUGCAUUAACCUUAGAGGGAUUUGGAAACCAUCACUGCCUUAAUAUCAACAUUUCUGUUGAUUUAAGCUAUUCUUUAAAAUGAUUGUCAUUUCUAAAGGAAUUUAAUGUGAUAAAUGUGAUGAACUAAAAUCAGAGGGGCACUUAUACUACAUGUACUGUGCAAGGAUUCUCUGUCAUAUCUGACUACACAUGACUUUCUUACAGAGCCUGUAAGUCUUCAAUAAAAGACUCUGGUAUGUUUGCAAUGACAACUGUAAUGUUAUGCCUGGCUGUUAUUAUCAAGAAGAAUAUGUACAGUAAGUGUAAAAUGAAAUACAAAUGACUUCUGAAAUAUUUUUCAGUAUGAUAAAUCAAGGUAUGUAUGCAUUAAUAUCUGUUGAGCUGACAUUCAUUUCAGUUGGUUUACACUUGAUAUGAAAUUGUACACUGUUUAUAAUAUAGUCCAGAUCUAGUUAUUGUUAGGACUAUAUGCACAAAAGCUAGAAAAAAGCUAGAUAUGUCUCAAUAUGCAACAGCCAACCUGUAAUAUCUCUAAGUAGAUUUAAAAGACUUGCAAGUCUGUAAUCCUGCGUGUGAAUCCUGACAGCUGAGUUACUUGGGUUAAUUUAACUCAACACUCAUGCGCGUGCCUGUGCUUCUGCAACCAGAAAAAACAUUUGGACUUCUGUUACUCUUUACAUUACAUGUUUGAGCAGCAGGGGAACAGUGGGAGAUGCUCCAGUGUCUACCCACCAUCAUCCUGGGUGUUCACUGGAGAACAGGAGAACAGCACCACCAGCAGCAGGCCAUUUUAUGUCGCCAUCUCCCUGGCUCAGCCUCUGCAUCCAUGAAAUGCCUAUAUUUGGGCAUUUCUCAAUGAAAGCUUGCUUUGUGAUUCAUUCCUUUCUCGUUCCUAAUAAUGGGCUGCAGGCCAGCGGUCUGUCUCUCAGCUGUAGCUGCUUCCCUGACCAACAGCACUGAUCUCAGAUGGAGGAAAAAGAAGGGAAAGAAUGAAAAUGUUAAAAUUACAUGUUGUCCAGCACCAACAAAGAGGAUCUGAGGAGAAUGGGUAAUCAUUUGUUUGC